AUGUGCGAGAGUCUAAUCAAAAAAGUUGAUGAUGUACUGAGGCAAGGAGGAGACGUUGAAAAGGCUGUGGACCAGUUCUGCAAAGAAGAUGUUCCGGAAUUCCUAGUUGAGUACUGCGAAAAAAUCAUUUCCAAAAAUCUCAAGUACAUCAUCGAAAAACUGAAGUAUCUCACCUGUGCUUGA